AUGUAUGCGUCUUCCACCUCAGCUGUCUUCGCGGAUACUGAAGCUGAGGUGACAGGACCGGAUCCCCACACUAACGUAUCGGAGCGAAUGGGAGUUCUCAGCAACCACACCAUACUAAGACAACUGCGACUGCGUUGGAGCGGCCACCUCGUGCGGCUGGACAACGAACAACUACCCAAACGACUCUUCUAUGGAGAUGUCGCCAUGGGUUCCCACCGCCAAGGACGCCAAAUCCAUCAACACAAGGACACACUGAAGAUCUCCCUAAGGCGUCUGCAGAUCAACUCGACCGACUGGAAAGACCUCGCUCUAGACCGACCGACCUGGAGAAGGACAAUGAAGACAGGCGGGGAGAUCUACAAGGCCAGUCGCAUGGCUGCCGCGAAAGCCAAGCAAGGGGCACGCAAAUCCCAGCUGCGUUCAUCUCGCAACGCCAAUGCUCCACCGCCCAAAACGGUGCCAGCGGACAUUCCGGGCGACAAUUUGACUUGUUGGAGACCUUUGGACCAACUGUACCAGCCGUCGUCUCUUCGUUCACCACUCCCUCGCCUCCUACGCCACUAA